UCCCUCAGUCAUUGUCUAUCGACUUAGAAACUUUUGCUUAGUUUACAUGUAUUAGUUUGUGAUUAGAUCAGUUUAAGAUGAACUGCUAAUGUUAAGUAAACGAUAUUUGGUAUGCAAAUUUAUUGGCAUUUGCAAAUAUCGUUUCCAUGGAUAUUAUAUAGCCUCACCCCCUCUUCAUGGUAUUGACUUUGAAACUUUUACAUAGUUUAUAAGUUAAUGCUUGUGUUUAGGUUUGUUUAAAGGGAACGACUUAUAAUAAUUCAAUGGUAUUUGGUAUGCAGUUGUAUUAGCUUUGGCACAUCUCAUUUACAUGGAAAUUGUUUAGCCAUGUACCUCAGUCAUGGUUCAUUGACUUUGAAUAUUUGCAUAACUUAUGAAACAUGUUAAAGUAUUGCUAUUUUAAUUUCAACAUUUGCAUAAUCAAAAUUACAAAAGGAUGAGACAUAUUUCUGUGAUAACAGUUUAUCUACAAAUUCUGAUAUGAAGUAACAUAUGUUGAAUUGCAAUAUUCAUAAAUAAAUGAUUGAUCUAUAAAAAAUUUCUGACGGAUUUUUCUUAUUCUUCGCUUAUCUGCCUCAUUAAAUUAUUGUCAUUUGGAUAUUUUUGUAUGGAUAAUGUAAUUAAACAUUUUGCUAUACUCCACAGAAUCCAUAUUGGAUGUUUACACCUUUUAUUUAUUACAUUAUCAAUAUAAUACAUGUUUUUAUAAUGUACUUGAAUUAUAACUUUAAGCUCACUGAUAACAAUGCUCAGUAUAAAAGAUAACUUGUAUAACCAGUGGAACAUAUUUCACAGACAAGGAACUUAUUUCACCAGAUUGUACAGUUUUAGGCGUCAUAUACAUUUUGAUUGUGAGUGGUAUCCAACUCUGUACGCAAUCGCCGGUUUCAUUGAUCUUGGCAACAGGGAACAGUUCAUCCAUAGUGAAAUACAUAAUGCACGAGGACAAAGAGACAAUGUCUUCUAAAAGACACAAAAUACCAUCUGAAAAAGGAGGACCUUCUACUAGUCGUAAAAACUACAUUUCGACAAACUAUGAUUUGUUUUGCUUCGUGAGAAUGAAGCAUUUUACAUGUUGUAUAGUUUUAGGCGUCAUAUACAUUUUGAUUGUGAGUGGUAUACAACUUUGUAGGCAAUUCCCGGUUUCAUUGAUCAUGGCAACAGGGAACAGUUCGUUUAUAGUGAAAUACAUAAUGCACGAGGACAAAGAAACAAUGUCUUAUAAAAGACACAAAACACCAUCUAAAAAAGGAGGACCUUUUACAAGUCGUAAAAACUACAUUUCGUCAAACUAUGGUAUGUUAUGUCCUGUUUUCCAUUCUGGCUUGGGAAAUAAUAUCUUUCAAUUUGCUUCUACGUUCGGAAUAGCAAAGUCUAAAAAUAUGACUAUCCUUGUAAAUAAAAAUGCAAGAAUAAACAAAGUUUUCAAGCUAUCUGUUAAAGUGAGGAACGAUACAAGCGUUUGCAAUAGUUUCAAAAGGAGAAACGAAAAACUGUCAGCUUCAUACGAUGACAAACUUAUAAAUUUUAGUCCAAAAGAAAGUUUCAAAUUACAGAAUUAUUUACAAUCAUGGAAAUAUUUCUUUCCUUUAAGAAAGGAACUGAAAGAGCAACUCACGUUUCGUGUAGAAAUUAUGAAUAUUGUUAAGAAAAAUAUAGUCAAAAUUCUCCAUAAAUUCAACAAUGUACCAAGCUAUAAAAUAACAUUAGUAGGUGUACAUAUACGAAGAGGUGACAUGGUUAACAAUAAACAAGGGUAUAAUGUUGCUUCACCGGAAUAUCUGAUAAGAGCUGUCAAUUAUUUCAAGGAAAGAUAUCAAAAUAUUAUAUUUAUAGUUGCAUCUAAUGGCAUGCCUUGGGCUAAAAAAUAUAUGCCUUCUGAUAUAUCUGUAGAAUUUAUACAAAACAGUGAUGUGGUUGACAUGGCAACAUUAGCAUCUUGCAACCAUACGAUUAUAACAAUUGGGUCCUUCGGUUGGUGGUCUGGAUGGUUAGCUGGUGGAGAAGUGACAUACUUCAAAUGGCCAGCUAAAUCAGGAUCAGGAUUUGAGAAAAGAAUUAAUUACACUGAUUAUUUCUAUCCAGGAUGGAUAGGGUUGUAACAUGUGUCUAUUAACUAAAGUAUGUGUGUUGUUUUUCUAAUAACACAAUAGGGUACACGAAAUGAAACUCAUCUAGACAACUAACGAUUGCUUCCACCAAGCGUUAAAAGGAGCCUUAUUAAAGAUAUUAAAAAGGAAGCGUUAUACAUGUUUUUUUUUAUUAUUUAUUGUACCAAUUCUAAAUUUCAUUUAAUGACGAUAUCUACACGGUUUUGAUUCGCUAUAAAUUGUCUAUCAAUUAAACUUGUUUUAUGAAGACAAAAAUGCAGCCAAUAUAAAGAGGACACGCUUUAAUACUGGCUGAUAACAAUCGACAAUUGUAUUCACAUUCUGUAUAAGAUCUCUUAUUAAAAGUUACACUUUUAAAUACAACGUAUUAAAAUAGCUA